AUGACUAGUUUGAGUGUUACAGCAUGGCCGUCUCCGGGAGUCGACGAGGGGCUAUCACAACUAAGUUGCCCCGGGAACGCUCUCACAAAGCAGCCACGUCGGAAGAAUGACGUGAACUUUGUCAACGAAUUCCCUGUCAGGCUGUUUGUGGCCCAGGUUACCAUGGCACACGGCGGCUACAUACCUGACCUUGCAAUAACGGCAUGCAACAUUGGUUUGGCCGGCGCCGUUCGGUGA